AUGUCCAACAAUAUCAAUCUGCAGAGAUCCAUGGAAGAGAUCGAUAGAGCUCAAACUAUUCCCGAGAAAAUCGCUAUAAUCCAGGGUUACUUGAAGAAACUCGAAGAUGGAAAGAAGGAGAGGGCCGAGUGGAGAAAACAGCUUGAAGAAAAGGCGAAUCGUCUUCAAGAACAGAGGAAUGCACUCAAAGAUCAGAGAAAGGCAAUCGAGGACGAGAAGAAACAAAUCGAGGAUCUGAAGAAAUCAGACAUGGACGAUGAUCAGAAGAAAGCAAUCGCAGCCCAGUUGAAAGCAGUGGAGGAUCGUGAGAAACUACUACAGAGUCAAGAGAAUGCAACUGAGGAUCAGGUUAAAGAAGUCGAGAUACAGAAGAAACAUGCGGAAGAUGUUGAUCCAGCACAAGAUGCAGACACCAUUCUGCUCUCGACCACACUUCAAAAUUUGGUUGACUCUUCCGCUCCGCUCCCACCACCGGCAACGGCUUCGCCGAGUGGCCCAUCCACUUCGCUCCGUCUUGCACCACCGGCAACGACUUCGUCGACUGGACCAUCCACUUCGCUCACUCUUGCACCACCGGCUCCAUCGGAAUCUUCUCUUUCGGCGGCGCCAACAUUUCCAAGAUCUCAAACGGGGGCUUCCAGUUUCAGCUCACUUCAACCACCGCAACAGAGGAUCAUGCCGAAUCCACCAGAAUCUUAUCUUCCAAGACCGCCAUCCAGCUUCAACCCAUUUCGACCACCGCAACACACGAGUGAGAUCGUUCUUACUUCGCCGGCGUUCGCCACGUUACCAAUUUUCCCGCCCCGUAACAUCUCUACCCAGCCCCUACUUGUAGGCCCACCUACUGUUCCUCUUGGCCCAAGAAACGCAACCAGACUUUUCUGGACGGAUCAGCUGAAGCAGGCUUUUAAUGAAGCCAUUCAAAGUCUUGGUGGAUUAUACAGUGCAACUGUUACUGCUGAACAAGUUAAAAAACUGAUGGAAGAUCUCGAUGUCACAGAAAGUCAGAUUGCAAAUAGGAUUCAAAACCUGCGGAGGAAGAAGCACCCUAGAGAUGAUGAUGGAGGAGGUUCAUCUUCAGCAGCAAAAAAACUCUGUUGAUU